AUGUUUCAAUGCUCUAACUCAUUGAAAUUUAUUUCGAAACAUCGCCUUGUUGAUGGACGUCGAGAUUGUCAUAACAAUGAUGAUGAGAUUGCUGAUGCAUGUACAAUAAAGAAUGAAUAUCGAUUUCAAUGUUCUAAAAAGGACAUUAACAAUAACAAAAGCAUAUGUAUACUACCAUUUAGAGUGAUGGAUGGAUUCAAUGGCUGCCCUGAUGGAGAAAACAACAAAAUACGUCUAUUGAUAGGUAGUAUGGUCCGACAAAACCUAUCUGCGAUUGAUUUCAAAAACUUUUGGUCAAGUGAUCAUAUUUUAAGCAAUACAUUUUUUCCAAGUAUCUGUAAUGGAAUCAAACAAACUUCACCCAUGUUGAUUAAUGAAGAAUAUCAUUCAGAUGAAACUGAAUGUGAAGAUUGGCCUUGUAACAAUAUUUAUAGUCGAUGCGACACGUUUUGGAGCUGUAAAAAUGGUAUGGAUGAAUUGAAUUGUAAACCUAACCAAUGCCCACCGUUGCAUCAUGCAUGUGUAUCACCUAAAACUCUGAAACUCGACUGUUUACCUAUAUAUAAAGCGGGUGACAAUAUUAUGGACUGCUUAGGAGGAACAGAUGAAUUACAGCAAUGUCAAGUUGGAGUAUCCACACAAACAAUAUUUCAGUGCGGAAACGUUUCAAAGACAACCUGUUUGAGAAUAAUGCUCUUAUGUGAUAAGAAGAAUGAUUGUUUAUUUGGUGAUGACGAAAAAUUUUGUCAAAAUUACAUGACGGGAUUUAUGCGUUUAUGUUCUAGUAAUGUGCCUAAUUUCAAUCGAUCAAAAGAAGAAGAAUUUUUUUGCGGUUUGACAACUACAGCGCCGAAAAUAAAAACAUAUUUUAUACUUAGUAGUCAACUUGAUUAUACUUUGCCUUUCGAAUCACAAAAAGAACACAAAUUCCAACAGAAAACAAUCGUAAAUGAGAAUAAUUUUGUGCGUACAAACAAUUUUACAUGGGCACAACAAUGUAAACGUGGCUUGCGUGUUCAUGUAAAUAGCGAAGAUAAUAAUACAUAUAAAUGCUUUUGUCCUCCUGCUUAUUAUGGAAACACUUGCGAAUAUCAAAAUCAACGUGUUUCUAUCACCAUUCAAAUUCGUGCAAUAGCCUAUUGGCAAACUAUGUUUAGUAUUGUAUUGUUACUAAUUAACAAUAAUGAUCAAACUAUUGAAUCGUAUGCUAAAAUCGAAUUUAUUUCUAUACAAGAUUGUGGUAUAAAGUAUCAUAUUAAUCUUUUGUAUUCAACUCGACCUAAAGAUGAGUCAAGAAAUUAUUCAAUUCGUAUUGAUGUAUUUGAUCGACAUUCAAUGGAAUAUCGCGGAAGUUGGGAUUAUCCCAUAGUUUUUCCUUUUUUACCUGUUAAUCGAAUGGCAAUUAUUCUCGUUAUUCCUGCACAUCAAUUGCAAUCUACUUGUAAUACAUUAAAUUGUGGUUCUCAUGGUCAAUGCUUACUGUUUAUGAACUCUGAUAGAAGUUUUUGUAAAUGUAAUGAUGGAUGGUCAGGAAAAGGAUGUAUGAUAGCUGGCUCUUCGAAAUUCCACUGUGCACCAAACUCAUUAUCUGUCGGAACGAAUCGUGAUCGUCCGAUUUGUGUUUGUCCAUUAGGCAAAUUUGGAUCUCGUUGUUAUCUCAAACAUCCUUCUUGUCCUGACAAUAUGUGUAAAAAUGGAGGUACCUGUAUAGUAAGAGAUGAACGAAUGCCGAGUUGGAAGCCUAUCUGUAUUUGUAUGGAAAGUUAUUCUGGUACAAAUUGUGCGACGAAAGAUACUAAAAUAGAUAUAUCAUUUGAGAAGUUGCCGAUUCCUUCUGCUAUUCUGUUUCAUUUUAUUACUGCUCAUGGCGACAAACCUGAAAGUCGUGUAACAUCAUUCAAAAAGAUUGCUGUUGAUCAAAUGUCAACAACUAUUUAUAUAUCAACUAUGUUUCAUUUGAUAUUUGUUGAGUUUUUUGACACUCUUUAUUUCGCACAUUUGCAAUAUACAUAUACAGCAGGUGAAAUUAUAAAAACAACUAUCAAACCUCAUCAUCAAUGUCGAUCUAUCGAUGAAUUAUUGAGUGCUAAUGUGAAUAAACUUCAUAAAAUACGACGCGUCAAACAUUAUCCAAUUAUUUGUCAACAACACGCAAAUUUAUCAUGUUUUUAUGAUGAUAGUUACAUUUGCUUCUGUUAUAAUAACCAUACAACACCUAAUUGUUUUAGUUUUAAACAUAAUAUGACAUAUAAUUGUCAAGGAUAUAAUUACUGUCAGAAUGGUGGUCGAUGUUUUCAAAAUGAUAUUGUUUGUCCAACAUCAUCAAUAUGUGAAUGUAAAGAAUGUUUUUACGGUAGUCGUUGCCAGUUUACGUCAAAAGGAUUUGGUCUUUCAUUAGAUCUUAUUCUUGGUCCUCACAUUCGUCCUUAUAAUUAUUCAUUUGUCAUUCAAAUUAGUACAUUGAUUGUAUCAUUAUUGACUCUUAUUGGUUUCAUCAAUGCUAUUCUUUCUGUCAUUACUUUUCAAACUAAAAAUUCUCGUAAUAGUUCCUCUGGACUUUAUUUACUCAGUUCUUCUAUAACAUCAAUUUUUAUAAUUAUUUUCUUCUCGCUUAAAUGUUGGUUACUUAUUCUUUCUCAAAAGAGGAUAAUUACCAAUCGAUCAAUUGUCUCGAUACAAUGCUUGUUGAUUGAUUUUCUACUACGUAUAUCUUUAAACAUGGAGAAUUGGUUAAAUGUGUGUGUAUCAAUCGAACGAGUUAUAAUCAUAAUAAAAGGUGUUCAAUUUAAUAAUAUAAAAAGUAAACAAAUAUCUAAGAAGAUAGUUUUUGUUCUUCUUUUCUUCAAUAUUAUUACGACAAUACAAGAACCAAUUUCUCGACGUCUUGUUGAUGACGAAGAAGAUCAACGUACGUGGUGCAUCAUUGAAUAUUCUCCAUUUUUAAAAAUAUUCAAUUCGUUAUUUUAUUUGUUUCAUUUUCUCACUCCGUUUCUGGUACAUUUAAUUUCAGCACUCAUUAUUAUCAUACGAUUGGCACAAAAGAGGAAUAUUUCUCGUCCUGAUCAAAAAUUUCGAAAAACUUUUCGAAAAAAAUUGAAUGAACACAAGCAUCUUCUUGUUGGUCCUAUAGUUCUCAUUGUUUUAUCAUUACCUCGACUGGUUAUUUUAUUUUUGCCAGGAUGUAUGAAAUCGUUUCGUGAACCAUGGCUUUUUUUAUUGGGUUAUUUCGUCUCAUUUAUUCCUGCAUUAGUAUCAUUCGUAACAUUUGUUCUACCUUCAAAUAUGUACAAAAAGGAGUUUUCGUUUACAUUCAGCCGUAUAAAACAGUUAUUCUUUAGAAAUUACUAAUUUUUACAUCGAAGAACGCAUGUGAAACACAAUAUCUAGUGGCAUGACUGCUAAGUCGUGACACUCAGUUAUGACUCUUGGCAUGCUGAAGUCGCUGAACACAUUAUGAUUUUAUUCUUUAGAUUAUGUAAAUGUCAACUUAUAGAAUUUUCUUGAUUGCUUUGCUUUCAUAAACUUAUCAAUAUCGUGUGGGUGUGGGUGUGGGUUUUCUUAUUCCCGCCCACACCCACACCCUCAGGUACCCUAUACCUACUUAUGGGUACCCCUGAUAUACCCUAUACUUACGUGGAGGUACCCCUGAGGUACCCUAAACCUACUUCUGGGUACCCCUGACAUGCCCUUUACCUACUUGGAGGUACCCUAUACCUACUUAUGGGUAUCCCUGAGGUACCCUUUACUUACUUGGAGGUACCUCUGAUGCACCCAAUACGUACUCGGAGGUACCCUAUACCUACUUAGGAGCAUCUCUGAAGUAGCCUAUACUUAACUGGGGAUACCCCUUGGUGCUCUGUGCCUACUCGGAGAUAUACAUUCUAGUAGGUAUAGGAUGCAUCGAUUUCGUACACUGAAACAGAGCGAUUAGCUGACCAAUGGAGCCAUGAACGGCUAUGUAACACAAUAAUAGGCUCUGCAUUUGUGAUAAUGAACCUUGCGCAAUUUUAUAGGUCCAAUAAAAAUGGCUUCUUAAACAUUGUGCGAAUCUGAUAAUGACUCUGUAGAACACGUCAAGUUUUCCUUUGUAUAAUAUGAAGGUAUAGGGUGUGGGUGUGGGUGUGUGGGUGUGGGUGUGGGUGUGGGUGUGGGUGUGGGUGUGGGUGUCGGUCUCGGUGUGGGUGUGGGUCAUUAGAGACGACACAUACCCACACCAUCACCCACACCUACCCUCAGGCUGUGAAUGUGCUUUUGAUGACUUCGAAAUAUGUUUACAUUUAAGAGGGUGUGGGUGAUGGUGUGGGUGUGUGUCUUCUCUAAUGACCCACACCGACACCCACAUCCACACCCACACCCACACCCACACCCCACACCUACACCCACACCCACCCACACCCCACACACACCCACACCAUCACCCACACCCUCCU